AUGGUGGGUCAGGACCUGGGUAAUAGCCCGAAAGUUGAGGAUCUUGCAAGUAUAAGUGAAGUCCCUGCCGAUAUGUCUGCAUCUAAAGAAACCGCGAAGAAAGUCGACAGUGCCAACGGGCAGGCCAAUACCAGUGGCAAUAUACCGCCUCCCAAGACCGAUAAGCCACGUCCACACGGUUGUACAACCUGCGGUCGGUCCUUCGCUCGUCUGGAGCAUUUGAAACGCCAUGAACGUUCACACACCAAGGAAAAACCGUUUGAGUGCCCAGACUGCUCACGUUGUUUCGCUCGGCGCGAUCUGCUUCUAAGGCAUCAACAGAAGCUGCAUAUGACUACGACACCGUCAUCACGACCUAGAAAUGCCCGUCGGGAAAGCACCGGCGGUGCCGGUACAGGAACCAAUCGCGUUCGCAAGAAUUCUAUUGUCAGCAAUUCCAGUACCAUGCGACCCCGCGCAAAUACUAUCAGUCACAUCGACGGGGCUUCGCUAGGCGUUAUGAAUGCCACCAAUCCACCGCCAUCUGCGGCUAGCCAUGCCUACCAUCCCAGCUUCGGCUCGGCCCCAAUAGGCUCCAAUUUGGACUAUCGGGGAUUCAGCUCAUGUCACCCUCCAGUAAAUGGUCUUGCAAAAUUAGAAACUCAUGGGUUACCUGUGGAUCUCUCCGGUGGUCUCCGUACAGCUCCUGUUGGCCAUUUCGACGUUCAUUUUAAUGAGAUGUUCAUGGGUCAUGGAAGCACUAUCAACCCGGCUCAGCUUCAUUUCGGUGGCUCUCCCCAAAACUACGGCAAUGACUCGCCGUCUUCCCCAUACUCUCAUCCUGCUCAUCACAUGCCGCCGAACACCGAACCGAUGAUGGAGGACGAAUAUGCGUUUGAGUGGAUGAACGGAUUCGACCCGUCGGUACCGAUGGGUAAAGGUAACGAAUCGGCAAUCGAUGAGUCGUCUCCUUCGGCGAUGAGCACUGGCAGCCAGAGCGGUAUUAGUGAGGCGAUGAUGGAAGGAUCGAAUCGUUUCUCUAUGUCUUCAGCUAGCUGGCACAAUUCAUUCCCACCCCACACUGGAGCUUCAUCGAACCAGUUUGCUGUUGAUUAUACUACCUCACCCACUUUUAACGAUCUAGGAAUCCCCCCGGAAACUGUGUCUCCGAAAUCUUUGAUGGCGCAGAACCCGUUUGGUGAAACAUAUGCCACGCCUCCUUCCAUGACGUCGGUGAGCCAACCCAUAUUGGGUGGACAUUCGCAGAGUAUGUUUUCAUCCUCUAUGGCAACAAGCGGAGAAUCUCCUAAUCCUCUCAACCUGCCUUUCGCGAAUAGUGCCCCACGAAUACACCAUUCCGCAACCUCCACGGAUACCUUUACAGACUCCACCCGACAGGCUCUUUUAGCCAGCAUGGCCACCCCUUCCGGCAUUAAUCACCGCAAGUACUCCCAGCCCUCAACCGGCAUGAUACAUUGUCGCGAGCUCUUUUCCCGCUCUUUUUUCAACAGUUCCGGUCAACUACCCAGCACGCCCGACAUGCAGCGUUACAUUUCGGCCUACAUUACCUAUUUCCAUCCCCACAUGCCGUUUCUACAUAUUCCGACCCUCAACUUCCAAGCACCCGAGUACACUAAUAACCUUCGGACUCCGAGUGGGCACUUGAACUUAAGCUCCACUGGGGUUACUGGAGGCGGCGGGUGUUUAAUCCUUUCUAUGGCGGCAAUUGGCGCGCUCUAUGAAUUCGACACUGUAGCUUCAAAAGAACUAUUUGAAGCCGCGAAAAAGAUGAUUCAACUUUACCUUGAGGAGCGCCGUAAAGCCGAUAUGUCUGCUGCUCUAGGUCGGGGACACGCAGGUCGUGAUAAUUCCGUCCACAACACUCCUCUUUGGCUAGUCCAAGCGAUGCUCCUUAAUGUCAUCUACGGUCACACCUGCGGGGACAAAACAUCGGCCGACAUUGCCAGCACACAUUGUGCGGCAUUAGUGAGCCUAGCACGCGCAGCCGAGUUGACGCAUGACUUAGACGCCAAGGAUCUGCCUCAAGAUUAUUUAAACACCGGACUUGCUGGUGGAUCCGGUGUAGAGGAGACGGACACAGAGAGCGAUGGUUGGCGAUCAGCACCCUUCGGGCCGCGAAAAGAGCGAAAAGAUUGGCUGGAUUGGAAGGUAGUCGAAGAACGAAAACGAACCCUCUAUGCUAUCUUCUCUCUUUCCUGCUUCCUAGUGUCAGCGUAUAACCACGCCCCUGCUAUUACCAACUCGGAAAUUCGCCUGAACUUACCAUGUGAGGAGGAUCUUUGGUCUGCAGAGUCCCCGCAAGCAUGGAAGAAAAUUGGAGGGCAUCUGAUCCCAAAGAAUAACCCUUCGUUUUCCUCGGCAUUGACAACACUUCUAACGGCCAGCCAACGAGAGCAGCGUCAAGCCAAGUCCACUUCUCCCUUCUCUAUGGACGGCUCCCUUCCCGCCGAGGAUCUUUCAGGUAGCGAUUUGAAGCCGAGUACCUUCGGUUGUCUGGUACUCAUUUACGCCCUACAUAAUUACAUCUGGGAAACUCGCCAGCGUCACAUGGGUCGGCAAUGGACAUCUCGUGAAACCGAUGCCAUGCAGGCUCAUAUUGAGCCUGCUUUAAGGGCAUGGCAGGCAGCCUGGGCCAACAACCCUGUCCACAGUUUAGAACGCCCCAACCCAUUUGGAGCGGGUCCUCUGUCUGCUGACAGCAUUCCUCUAUUGGACCUUGCCUACGUGAGGCUGUUCGUUAAUUUAGGGAGAUGCAAGGAAGCAUUCUGGCAGAGAGAUUGGAGCGCAAUGUCGGACGAGCUUGCGCGAGGCACGGAAAUCGUACAACCCAUUGAUGAGAUUCCGUCCGAUAUGUUAGACCCGUCAAUUACCGAGGCCGCUCAACAAGCUGGCAAUCGCCGCCACUCUGUCGCGGACCUUGGGGUCUCAGACCUUGCCAUCUCUAGAACUCCGACCCAGGAAAACCCUAUGCAGACUUUUAUGGGUGUUCACCGUCCCAGACAAUCUAAACGAGAGAGACAUUUACGGAAAGCCGCGUUCUACGCAGCAGACUCCAUAUCCAUGUCUGAUCGACUUGGAAACACUUUUGCCGAAUUCACGUGUAGAGAUCUCCCUAUUCAAUGUGCCAUGUGUGCUUUUGACUGUGCUCAGGUUCUGGCGGAAUGGAUUACGACUGUGCAAGAGCGCGUCGGCCCUUACCUAGGACUCCUAGGUCGUGACGACGUCGAUUUGAUACAGGCCUCUGACUCUAUGCUGCUGGAGGAAGAAGACUAUAAAUUGUUAGACAAGAUCAAAGAAAUCCUGACGAGUAUUGAGACCAAGAUGCAAAAAGAAGUACAGAGCAGUGCCACUGUGUCCGCAUUGAGCGUAUUGAAAAGGCUUCCCAGUGUUGUGGAAGGGGGUUAUGGAUGCAAGAUACUCAUCGCCACAGCAAGCCUUCUGGACAGGGCUGCUGUCUGGCCAGUCAUUAAAUUGAUGGCUCGAUCGCUCGAAGCGCAAGCUAUCUGUCUAAAGGAGCGGUCGGAAAAUUCAACUAUUGGUACUAGUUGA